UUGACAAUUAUCCCAACGAAAUUCAAUCUGAGAUGAGAGAGGAAUAACGCGGCGAUGAGAGGCGGACGCCGAAUCUGCGAGAGAAAUUUUAGGACUCUGUUCAGUGGCGGUGCAGAUUGUGUUUAGGGCUCCGUCAGUAGAUUGCGCCGGCGGUGUGGCUGCGGUUCACUGACUGAAUCGACGUGGGUAACUGUUUUUCUUUGAGAUUUCGCAGUGGGUAUUUGAUUGAAGCUCGAAUAUGUCUAGGAUUGAAGUAAUACCGAUUUCUCCUUGAGGAAGUUUUAAUAGCUUCGAAGGUUAAUAAUCGAUUGGGUUUUCUGAUUCCAUUAUAACACUAUAUAUCUUGGUGUUCUUAUUCUCUAAAUUGCAUUCUGUUUUGGGCAUAUUAGAGUUCAUUUGUUUACACUUCUCUUUUUCUGUAUGAACCCUAAUACAAUCCAUUAAAGCACACAACAAUAUGCUUCAGCAUCAAAUUGUUCAGUCCCCAGCUAGAUUGGGGUUGGCAAAUCCCAACUCUCCCUCUAUUCAAAACCCUACCCCUCCCAAAUUGCCCCCUUCUCAACAAUCCCACCACCAAAAUCAACUUAAUAUCUCUUCUCCCACCCCUUCCUCCACCCUUCUUCCUCUCCUUCCUCCUCUUCCUAGAGCUCAAGCUCUUCUGCUGCAAAUGGCUUCAUUAGCUUCCAAGCUCUUUGAAGUCUCCCCCAAUCGCUCCCUUUGGCUCACUGCAUUUCGGGGUUCUCUUCCCACUUUUCUUACUUCUCAAACCCAAUCCUCACCCUCUACCUCUCUUGAUUCUACUCCGUCUACUUCGAAGGAAAUCUUGUCACUGUUUAAUGUUCUGCAAACCCAAUUGUUUGAGGCUGUUGCCGAGCUUCAGGAGAUUCUUGAUUUGCAAGACUCUAAGCAGAAGAUUGCUUAUGAGAUACGGGCUAAAGAUGCUGCUCUUCGUGCUUUUGCUAAUAAGCUCAAGGAUGCUGAGCAGGUUCUUGAUGUUUUAUUUGAUGAUUAUGCAGAUUAUCAACGUCCUCGUCGGGUUAAAAUGAAGGAUGAUGCUGAAAAUGAGUCUUUAUGUUCUACUACAGUUGCAUCCCAGUUGAAAUUAUCUGAUAUAUUGUCGUAUGCUCAUAGGAUAAGCUAUACUACUUUUGCACCACCUGAAUUUGGUGCUGGACAAGCUCCAUUACGUGGGGCACUUCCUCCUGCUCCGCAAGACGAGCAAAUGCGUGCGUCUCAGUUGUAUAAUUUUGCAAACCUUGAUAUUGGCUUGCCUAAAGCAGUUGAAAGCACUGAGAAAACUAUUGAGCCAAUGAUUGAGCCUCCAGCUCCGGUGCCAACGGAUGCUAAUCCUCUUUCUAAUAUGGCUUCUAUUCAGGGUCUGCUUCCUCCAAAUAUUACUGUUCCAUCUGGUUGGAAACCUGGAAUGCCUGUCGAAUUACCUAGAGAUUUACCAAUGCCUCCUCCUGGAUGGAAGCCUGGGGACCCUGUGCCAUUACCCCCGAUGGACUCUCUUCCUGUUACUAGAGUUGAUGAGCCACAAUUGAGGCCUAAUGCUCAUCCAGGAUUGCACAAACCUCCUGAGCCAAUUCAAGUUAGGCAUGUCCAAUUGGAUAUUCUUGAUCAAGAUGAUGAUAGUAGUGAUUACACUAGUGAUGAAGGAAGCUCUGAAGAUGAUGAUUGAGUGGAAUGGCCUGAAUCGUCAACUAAAGCCCUAAAUGUCCUCUUGUUGACCAAAGAGGUAUGGGUGUAGAGACAAUCAAAAGGUUUCCCUAGAAGCAGCACUCUUAAAGAAUGUAUAAUAGUUCACUGAUGACUAUAUAUGCAUGAGGCUAACCAAUCUGCAGGUAGAAAGGUUACAUUUCAUACUUCCAAACUUACAUGUUACUGAUGAUGUGUUUUGCAUUCCCAAGGUCGACUUGAAACACACUAAUCUAUUCAACUUUUUUAUUUGAAAAGCUAUAUUUCUCCUGACUUACUCAUAUUUCCUUUGUUUUUGAACGUGAGCUUUGAUCAAACUCUCCUAGGGUACCGGAUGCAUUCUAAACCAGAGUAAACGAUGUUCUAACUUUUAUACCAUGUCGUAGAGUGCGGUAUAUAAGCUUCUAGGAGUCGUUGAAUCGAUUAUCGAUUCAGUAAUAUGAUUUAGGAGAUUAAUUAGAUUGUUUUAUGUUGGUGGCAUCCACAGUUGAACAUUGUGUAGUCCAGGUUUUGUUAGAUUCUGUAUGUUAUGACUUGGUACUUGUGAAAGAGAAUGUUUUGAAAUGGAGAUUAUUGUGGUGGAAGCUUUUUCUCCUGUGUUGAAGAAUAUGAAGAUUUAGGGGUUAAAAGAAAUUGUCUGCUGGUAUUUUCUAUGACAUCUUGGCUAUUUUAGAAGAUGCUUCAGAUUCUGAAGUUUUGAAGCAGCUGGAAGAUGAUGGGGAUUUGUGAAUUUUAAUCUAUUAUGAGGUUCAUCUAUUAAAUGUAAGAAUUUAUUAUUUUUGUAGAUGGUUGAAGGUCUUUUUUAGGCUACAUUAUUAUUUCUAAGCAUCAGCUAUUGCAGCCUGCAUUCCAUUUUUCAAAAACUAAAUUUCAGAUGUGCUCAUGCAAUUUUGGGACAUAAUUGUCAUAAGCUUGUGUUUUGUAGGGUUGGUUUUUCAUAAAUUCUUGUAAAUUACUGUUAUUUUACUUUUGAGUUAACAACAGCCGAAAGUAAUCA